AUGUCAUCAAGGAUCAAAUCUGUGGAAAAUAAGAUUCAGAAGAGCCCGCAACAUGGGCUUGUUCCCUGCUCUGAAUUGGAAAAGAGUUUAUCUAUGGACCCUGCCGACGUGCGCGCUGAACCAAAUCUCAUUGAGAGAUGCUUUAUCUUGAUGGUGGCAAAUUUGAUCAACUUGUACCUAGAAAAUGCGCAGAGGAAGUAUUCCCUGACCGAGAAAGAACUUGAUGUUUGUGGACCCGUUGUGGGCGAAACCCUGACCACGAAUGAUCAAGCUUCGAUGAAUGAUUUGAUGAUUCAGAUGGCCAAUUAUCCUUCGGUACCUCUCCGGCUGCUUGAUCGGGCUCGUGAACCUUCGCUGUUGGUCGCUGAAUCACAGAAGGGUGGUACGAUUGCAACAUUCCGAGAUAAUGGAACGAUCAAGCGAUGCCGAACGUCCCCGGAUUCGUCGUCUACUCGUGACCACCAUACGGAGACGGGCCAACCUCGCGUUACACCAUGUGUUAGAGCAAACUAUGAGAUGGAAAUACUCCUGCCGCACAUUUCAGAUGGUGGAACAGUUUAUGCGCCGAUAUCUUUCGAAUUGAUCAGCCUCUACACUUUCAGCAUGUCAUCAACGGCGAGCAAUAGAUUUGACAUUACCCUCCUAGCCCCAUAUGUGACGAUCUCUUCUUGGCAUGAGCCUAUCAGUACCAACUAUUGGUCGAUGCAGCGGAGCCAUACGUGUAAGGAGAAAUUUACGCGUGAGCCCUGA